AUGCAUGUAGAACAACUGCUUUUUGAUAUGCUCGACAACUCCUCCUCCACCCCGCGUCUUUUGUCUGGCAUUAUCUUCAGCGAACCGACCAAUUUACACUUUCGCGGUUCGAACGGGUGUGGACCACGUAUACUUACUCUUUCCUCCCUCGAGUUUACCAUAAUGGCCGCACGAGACGAGCACGAAUAUCUCUGGUUGAGUAAAGGAGUUAUCACAGACAUAGAAAAAGAAUUGAACCCUGGAGGUCUUGCGUUUCACCCGCCAACUUCGUGGUCUUGCCCCCAGCUCUACCGUGCCCUCAAGACAGCUUAUAAAAAUAAGCAUCCUCUAGCGGCACACGAACCACAGUAUAAGGGACGCGCCCAGGAAAUUGCGACAACGGAGCUCAACAAAAUCUUGGAGGAGAGAUUGAAGAGGCCCAUGAACAACGACCCAAUGGACAAUUGGAGAGAGGCCAGGCCCAUAGACGAGCCUUUUAAUCCCACACUCAUCGGCAGCAAUAUAAAUGUUGGACGUCCGCCACCGGCACCGUACAAGAGGCAUAAUAGUCCACCUGCGACGACACCUGCGACGACGCUGCCUACAUUGCCCUCGCAAUCGCAAUACACAGCAGCAAGCUCAAGCACUAGUGUUAGCACCGGCCGAGGUACAGGAACUACAGUAAAUGGCAAUAAUGAGGCCGCGGCCCAGGCCACCGCUCAGUACCCUUCGAAGCUGAAAGACCAUGAACACACGCAUUUACCCGCAAAGGACUUUGCCUGUAGGCUUGGAUCAUGUACAAAAAGCUUCAAGAGGAUGCGCGAACUCAAGGCGCACGAGAAGAUCACUCAUCCAGGCCAUCCAUCAGAAUCGGGGUCGGAGCCUAGGGAUAUGGAGAUGGCUGAUGCUGGGGAGGUAGAGCUUGUGGAAGAUCAGAAGAAAUUGUCAGGGCGCCGAGAUGAGGAUAAUAAGGUUGAGAUUGAGGGCGAAUAUAAGAAGGAGUCGCCGUCUCUAGAGCUACGUGAGCCCUCAGAUAAGAUCUCCGAAGCCGAAGUUGCGAGCCCAACACCUUCACCUCCCACGCCCAAUGCUCGCGGAACAGCUACCCCGGAGCCUGAGCGGCAUCCCUCCCCGGAGCCUGAACGGCUUCCCCCACUGGAGCCUAAACAACGUCCUUCCCAACCUCCAGUCCGUCUACCACCUCCCGAUCCUAGCCCUACCGAUCCUAACCCGAAACUGCCUGUUAUGCCUACUAGGCCCGAUGAUACGGGUCUCGACAACAGCAAGAAGAGCAUAUCCCCACCACCAAACGGAAGUGCAUCAUCUCAAAGGCUCAAUUCUGAGGCCCACAUUACGAAGUUGGCAAUUAAUUUACUAUCGUCCCCAUCGUGA